GUCGAUACUGACAGGCCUCUUCCCACCCACCUCUGGAACUGUACUGAUUGGCGGCCUGGAUAUUCAGACUCACACGGACUCCAUUCGGCACAGAUUAGGCAUGUGUCCUCAGUACAACAUCUUGUUCAAUCACCUCACUGUAGCAGAGCACAUCUUGUUUUACUCUCAACUGAAGGGGAGAUCCAGGGAUGAAGCUGAACAAGAGCUGGAAACAAUGCUAGAAGACAUGGGCCUCACCCAUAAAAGGAAUGAAGAGGCUCAGAAUUUGUCAGGUGGAAUGCAGAGGAAACUGUCUGUUGCCAUUGCUUUUGUGGGUGAAGCUAAAGUGGUAGUCUUGGAUGAGCCCACUUCUGGAGUUGAUCCGUAUUCCAGGCGAUCUAUCUGGGAUCUUCUGCUGAAGUAUCGCCCAGGCAGAACCAUCAUCCUCUCAACCCAUCACAUGGAUGAGGCAGACAUCCUCGGAGACAGAGUAGCCAUCAUAUCCCAAGGGAAACUCUUCUGCUCAGGCUCUCCUGUAUUCCUGAAGAACUGCUUUGGGUCUGGCUUCUAUCUCACUCUUGUUCGCAAGAUGAGAAACACCAGAAUUGGAAGGGCUGCAUCACUUUGUAGCUGUGGAUCUCAGUGCUCUUGCUCCUGCUCCAGCUGUGCACGCAGUGACAAAGAAGGAGCUCCAGAGCAGGAACUGGAUGGAGAUCUGAAUGAGCUAGCAGAAGUAAUUCAUCAUCAUAUCCCAGAAGCAAAAUUAAUUGAAAACAUUGGUCAGGAACUCAUUUACCUUUUACCCAAUAAACACUUUAAACAGCGAUCUUACGCCAGUCUCUUCAGAGAACUGGAGGAAACACUGGAUGACCUAGGACUCAGCAGUUUUGGAGUUUCAGACACCCCACUUGAAGAGGUUUUCCUAAAGGUCACAGCAGAAGCUGACCCUGGAAUGCAAGAAGCAGGAGACCCUCAAGAAAAUGGUUCUACUCUUGGCAAACCUUCUGCUGAGAACAAACCAGCUGAACAAACCACACUGAAAACUAACGACACUUCUCGAAUGCCAGUAGGCACAGCAGGAGAUCAAAGUGAAGGCAAGGGGUCCAGACAGUAUAAAGGUUUUCAGCUUGUACAGCAGCAGAUCAAAGCACUGCUCAUCAAACGGUUCCACCAUGCCUCCCGCAGCCACAAGGACUUCCUAGCUCAGGUUGUUCUCCCUUCUAGUUUUGUGUUGCUGUCUUUGAUACUUACAGUCAUUAUUCCUCCAUUUGGAGAAUAUCCCGCCUUAACUUUACACCCUUGGAUCUACGGACAACAGUUUACUUUCUUCAGCAAUGAGCGUCCUGGCAGCGAGCAGAUGAUCUCCCUUACUGAUGCUUUCCUGAAUAAACCAGGAUUUGGAAAUCGCUGCAUGAAGAAUCAGCCUCUUCUGAACUACCCGUGCAAUAAUAUGCCAACUCCCUGGACCACACCUGCUGUUCAUCCUAACCUGAGCAGCCUUUUGCAGAGCCAAAAGUGGAGCCCUGAGAAUCCUUCACCUUCCUGCCAGUGCAGCACUCACAAGAAACUCACUAUGCUGCCAGAAUGCCCUGCAGGCGCAGGAGGCCUUCCACCACCACAGAGAGUGCAGCACAGCACAGAAAUUCUUCAAGAUCUGACCCACAGAAAUAUUUCAGAUUUUCUGGUGAAAACAUAUCCCACUUUGAUAAAAGGAAGCUUGAAGAGCAAAUACUGGGUCAAUGAGCAAAGAUAUGGAGGAAUUUCUAUAGGAGGAAGGCUCCCAGUCCUUCAUGUUUCUGGAGAUCAAGUUGUCGAUUUUCUAAGCGAUCUUGGCCGAAUGAUGAAUGUGACAGGAGGACAAACUUCACUGGCUGCUGCUAAAGAAAUGUCAAAUUUCCUUAAAUACAUGGAAACUGAAGAUAAUAUUAAGGUGUGGUUUAACAAUAAAGGCUGGCAUGCAAUGGUUAGUUUCCUUAAUGUAGCCAAUAAUGCAAUCCUUAGAGCUAACUUGCGGACUGGCCAAGCCCCUGAGGAAUAUGGGAUCAUUGCUGUAAAUCAUCCUCUGAAUCUCACUAAGGAGCAACUCUCUGAAGUCACUGUGCUGACCACUUCAGUGGAUGCUCUUGUUGCCAUCUGUGUGAUUUUUGCCAUGUCCUUUAUACCAGCUAGUUUUGUUUUAUACCUGAUUCAAGAACGUGUAACAAAAGCCAAGCAUCUACAGUUUGUCAGUGGUGUGAGCCCUGCAGUCUACUGGCUAACUAACUUCAUGUGGGACAUUGUGAAUUAUGCACUGAGUGCUGGAAUGGUUGUGGCUAUAUUUGUUGGAUUCGACAAGAAAGCAUACACUUCUCCAACUAAUCUCCCUGUGCUUGUCGCCUUGCUGCUUCUGUAUGGAUGGGCAGUAAUUCCCAUGAUGUACCCUGCUGCUUCUUUCUUCAGCAUUCCUAGCACUGCUUAUGUGGCAUUGUCUUGUAUUAAUCUCUUUGUGGGGAUCAACAGCAGUGCUAUUACCUUCAUCUUGGAGUUAUUUGAAAAUAACCCGUCUUUGCUGAAGUUUAAUAAAACGUUGAAAAAUAUGCUGAUUGUCCUCCCACAUUUUUGCCUGGGCCGUGGACUCAUUGACUUGGCCAUGAACCAAGCUGUGACUGAAGUAUAUGCCAGGUUUGGCGAGGAGCACAUUUCUGAUCCUUUUCAGUGGGACUUUGUUGGAAAGAACCUGGUUGCCAUGGCUGUUCAAGGGGUUGCAUUUUUCAUCCUGAAUCUCCUUAUGCAGCACCGGUGGUUCUCCACAAGAUGGUUUGCUGACACUACCGCGUCACCUAUUAUUGGUGAAGAUGAGGAUGUUGCAGAAGAAAGAAGAAGGAUUAUGAAUGGAGGGAACAAAACAGAUAUCUUAGAAUUACAAGAGCUGACCAAG